AUGAACUUCCGAAUUCAAUUCAUGACUGCUAUUGCGCUUUGCUUUGCAACCUUUACUUUUGGAUCUCCAAUGGGUGAAUCAACCUGUAAUGUUAGCUUAGCACCUGCAGGUAUUGAUACGAAGAUACCCCCAGGUUGGCCAGCUGGAUCUUCACACGGUUAUAUUUGUGGUUCGAGUCAGAACAACAAUCCGGCCGUUGCGUAUCAUCAAUGUCGAACUUGUAGAGCUACUGCCGUGGGUGAGCAAUGUAAAUUGUUCCAUGCCGCAAAGUCUCCUACACUUCCUUCAGUACCUUGUAAUCUUGGUUACGGUCCAAUGGAUUCAGUUUAUGGCGGACGACGAAGUUAUUAUUGUCAUGAGGGUGCUCACGCAUACAUGUGUUCUGGAAUCGGUAAUGCAAGUGUUUGUGAUGAAUGUGCACCAUAUCAAUUUGACAUAUCGGACCUUUAA